AUGGCUCCUUGCUCAUCCAACUACUCCUCUAUUCACCACAUCAGGAUCUCGGAGAAAGAAACCAUCAAAAUGAGAAAACCUAUUGUGGAGAAGAUGCGCAGAGAUCGCAUCAACAGCUGCAUCGAGCAACUCAAGAUCAUCCUGGAAAAGGAGUUCCACAAGCAUGAGCCCAACUCCAAGCUGGAGAAAGCCGACAUCCUGGAGAUGACUGUGAGCUUCCUGAGUCAGCAGCUGCAGGCGGGCCUCUGGAAGAGCGACGGCAGCCAAUGCUACUCUAACUUCUGGAGGGACUCUGUGCACUUCAUGUCUGCUGGAUCCAACGCAGAGGCCUCUGUCACUCCUGUGCAGGGCCUCCAGCAGCAGAAGCAGCAGCUCCAUCAGGCCCAGAGAGCCGGCAGCUCCUCCCCAGUCUGCUCCACCCUCAGGCCCACAGCGCUGCAGGACAGCAGCAGCAGCAGCCGAGGCCCGGUGUGGAGGCCUUGGUAGAGACUUUGACACACAGACACUCUGAGACCUGAGGGGACUCUCCCUCACUAUGUAGGAAAUGUAUUUCCAGCCUGCUCAUUCACGACGGGUUUCCUUAUUGUCUCAUCACAUUGAUGGACAAGUAGUACGCGCAAAGGCUCUCACUUAUUUGAAGGUUGUUGUGCUUUAACUGUGAUUCACAUUUGAUGUUUGCUUUUCCUUUGUGUUUAAAAAGCUGGAGGUAGAUUCUGAGUGAUCUUGUGAAAUGACUGUUUACUCCAGUGGAGUUUAUCUUUGGACCGCCUGAUGUAACGGUAUCUGACAUACUGUGUCAUACUGACAGUUGCUGUUGAGAAUAUUUCUCUUCUGUUGUGAAUGAUCUAUGCCAAAUUGUAUGUAUGAGGAUGAUGAUGAUGGCGUGUUUGUUGUAAAUGGAUGUUCAUAUUAACAUUUUUGUAGCUAUUGCUGUUUUGC